CAUCUCGCGUGCCCGCGCCCGGCAGGGCCGAGCCAAGGGACCGGGGUCCCCGUUCCCAGAAGUCCCAGCUUGGAAAACGGCCGCCGUGCCAGGCUGAGAGCCGCGCUGAGGGCCUAAGAGGAAACGCGCCGGGAGCCAAGGUGCCGCGGGGAGGAAGGAAGCCGGGAAAGAAGCCCGGAGAAGAGGGGCACGGGAGACCGGGCCGCGGUGCGAUGGGGGCCGAGGAGGCUGCUUCAGAGACCGGUACUUGGCAGGCGCUCCCACCCCGGAUGGAUCUCUCCUCCGGCCCCCAGGUUUUCCCCAAGCACAGAAGCUUCAGACACUCCUUUCCUCUCCAGAGGGAUUCCCUCCUUCCGUCCCUCUCCGAGAACGGCUCCCACUCAUCACCCCACCACGGGGCAGAGGGACCGGGACCCCCAGGCCGAAGCCAGGAGCCACAGGCCACUGAACUCCCCUGGUCCUUGGUGCAGCAAACUCUUCCCAGUCUUGAUUCCGGUGGCACUGAGAACGCGAUGUUGGCACAGUUGCCCGGACCACAGGCCAGCGAGGAGACCUCACUGAGCCCAGACCACCCGACCAGGCUGCUUACAGACCCAGCAAGGCUGGACUCUAUUCAUUGGAACCAGGACAUCAGCCUCAGUGUUCUUAGAAUUUCCAGGCAUUUGAGAAUCCAGAAACACCUGAGUCUGGCCCCAGAGAAAUCACAUGCAGGCGCGCAAAACCCCCAGGGACCUUCAGAGGGCUGAUGGAUUGUGCCCGUGUCUUCCCCACCACCCCCCCCCGGGGGCCAGUGGACCUAGGCUAAGGAUCCCUGCCCCAGAAUCUUCCCUCCAUAGAAACCCGGCCCCGCUUAGAAGGCUAAACUGACAGAAAAGCCACAAUUUUGGAAUCCGUUGGGAUUGAAUUUGGAUUUACCUCUGCCCCUUUCUUUCUGUAAGUCAUAGUCACUUCACUCCUUUGGGCCUCAGUUUCUUUGUUUUUUUGUUUUUUGUUUUUUCUUUUAAGAUUUAUUUCUUAGGGCAGCCCGGGGGGCCCAGCGGUUUAGCGCCGCCUGCAGCCCAGGGCGUGAUCCUGGAGA